GGCGGUGUCGUGGGCACCUGCCCACUGAGCAGGGAACCGCCAGCUCCUUUCACAGAGAUUGUGAUGGGCCCCAUGUCUGGUUCCUUCCAACCAGGACCGGGCCACCCAGGGGUGAGGACGCUCCGAAUCCCACCGCGGAUCCAGGCCGGUGGCGGCUCUGCUGGGUCCGGUGCUGUCUGGGUUUGGUCUGUGGCGCUCCGAGCUCAGCUAGGCCUGGGCGAAUGGGGGUGGCUGGGCCGGGAGCCGGCAAAUCUCUGAACCAGCAAAAGGGACUGUGGUUCCACCCGUGCCAGCCAGGACGGGACACGGAGCCCAUUGCUGGGUAUCUCCCUGCUCUGCCUUCAGCUUCCCUGCCCUUCGUCAUCCUCACGCUGGUGAACUCUCCGUACGAGCGCGGAUUCUACUGCAACGAUGUCUCCAUCCGCUACCCCGCCAGGCCAGACACCAUCACCCACGGGCUGAUGGCGGGAGUCACCAUCACCUGCACCGUCCUCAUUAUCUCGGCAGGCGAGGCCUACCUGGUGUACGCUGAGCAGCUCCACUCCAAGUCCAAGUACAACAACUACCUCGCCGCCCUCUACAAGGUAGUGGGGACGUUCCUCUUCGGCGCGGCCGUCAGCCAGUCCCUGACCGACCUGGCCAAGUACAUGAUCGGCCGGCUCCGGCCCAACUUCUUGGAGGUCUGCAGGCCCGACUGGUCCAAGGUGAACUGCUCCGUCUACAAGCAGCUGGAGAACGUGUGCCAGGGGGACCCCAGGAACAUCACCGAGUCCAGGUUAUCCUUCUAUUCCGGACACUCCUCCUUCGGGAUGUACUGCAUGGUGUUCCUGGCACUGUACGUCCAGGCCCGGCUGAUCGGGAAAUGGGCCCGGCUCCUGCGCCCCACGAUCCAGUUCUUCCUGAUCGCCUUCGCCAUCUUCGUGGGCUACACCCGGGUCUCCGACUACAAGCACCACUGGAGUGAUGUGCUGGUGGGGCUCCUCCAGGGGGCGCUCGUUGCCAUCCUCAUCGUCCGCUACGUCUCUGACUUCUUCAAGCAGCGUCCGCCUCUGCAGUGUGAGAAGGACCCGGAGCACAAGCCCAGCUUACCGCUGACCAGGAGUGAGCCCGAUCGCAACCACUACAGCUAUCCGGGAGCUCCCUGAGCCGCGGGAGCUGGGGGUCCGUGCUGCUGAACAGCUGAUGGCAAAUCCCAGGCCCCACCAGACUGCCUGCCAGGGCUUUGGGGGGGGGGAAACCGGGAAGAGCAGCUUAUCUUGUUAAUUGGUUCCACGGCUAAUGAGUUCCUUUUUACUGCACGGUGCCACGGCACCCGAGGGACCCCCCAGGGGGAACCAAGCCAAGACUUUUAAUGCUCAUAUGGAGCGCUGUGCGGUAACCAGCCCUCCUGCCUCUCCGCUCCAGGGGCUUGGAUCCCUCAAUGAGUGGGUGGGUGCGUCUCGUGCUUCCGAGGGUGGCUUUCGAGCCCUCUGCGUGGAGGAGACACAGGGGUGGGACUGCUUGUGAAGCGAAGAGUAAACUCCAUAUGAAGCCUGAGGUGGUGUGGUGCCAAGAGCGUCAAAUUAUAUUCGUGUUGAUGACUCCAGAUCCUCGCUGGGACACCACCAAGAGGCCAAUGCCACCGGAACAUUGCUGGGCUAACGAUUUGAACCCCAGUUCUUCUCUGCAGCUUGGUCACCUUAAAAUAUUCCCAGUACUCAGCAGCCGAUGCAAAUGAUCGAUGCCUGGGGAGGGUCCGCUCCCAUCACCCCUGACCCCGCCGCGCCGGAGUGAACUGCCACCUGAGUUUGUGAGGUGCCCUGGACGCUCCAUAGGAAACUCUCUCUGCAGCCGUCUCAGCUGAUUCUUUAAUGGGGGGAGGGAUGGAGAUGGGGAGGGGGGGGAAUCUUCUGUGGUAAAGGGAAUAAAUUGCAGUCUGGAGAUGGACACGGAUUCUGGCCCUUUGAGAGAGCACGUUACCUGGUCCAGCUCCUGCUAACAACCUCGCCUCUACCGCUCAGCUGCCUCUGGCACCAAGGAUACUUGGGCCUCCUUUUAAACUACAUAAAUUUUCAUGAUGAUGCGUUUUUUGUUAUUCAGUGUGUUUUUAUUUUUAAAUUAGAUCAUCCUGAAAGAAUGGCAGUGUCAGGUCUAUUCUUUUACUCCACAGAUGUUUGUGGCCUCGAAAUACAUGGGUUUAAAUGUUGUUUGUUUUUGUUUUCAAAAACGGGGGAUUUUUAUGAAACCCCAAAUUAAUAGAAAUGUUUGCCUCAAAUUAUAGAUUUUUAACAUUUCAGUGGGAAUGGGUUUUGGGUUCUUAACAUCGAUACCCUCCCCCCACAGCCCUUUCUUUGCUGGCUUUGUGAGGCAAGCGCCAGGAAAUUGGGCUCGGCUAUAUGAAAAUGACUAGAAACAAGAGUGAAACCGACCAGUUCUGACUUUCAGCAGAUCCUAGAGGAAUGACAUGUGAAAGGGAAACAAACGGGAGGAGUGAUGGAAAGCGAACAUGGGCACGGGUCCUGCGGCUGGCUCUGUGUUAUGUGCUAGUGGCUCGGAUUGCACAAUUCAUGCCUCAGAUCCUGUAAACUUCAUUCGCUCUCUUAUCAGUUUUCUUUUUCUAAUUAGGAUUUUUAACCUGGCUGCCUUUUUAACCAGGAGGUGGCCCAAUGGGGAAACCGCCACCAUCACUGAGAGGAAGCAUGGGCCAGUGGUUAGUGCCCUAGUCUGAGACUUGGACCUGAGUUAAAUCCCCUGCUCUGCAACUGACUUCCUGUGCAGCCUUGGUCAAGUCACUUAACCUCUCUGGACUUCCAUCUGUACAAUGGCAAUAAUAGUACUAGCCUCCCUCACAGGGGUGUUGUGGGGACCAAUACAUUAAAAAUGGUGAGGUGCUCAGAUACUGCAGUGAUGGGGGAUCAUGUACCUAAGAGAGAUCAGGGAAGUUUAGCAGGUUUCUAGAUGGCUGUUAAUUUCUUGUGCCUUAAAAGUUGCUAGAGCAAGGAAGUGCCGCCGGCCCCUUGCUAGGCAGAGGUGGUAACUAUGCAAGUUUCUUGGCUCUGUGUAACGGGGCCAGGGUAGGAUUAUUAUUUUAUAUCGACAUUAAAAAAAGGCCUAAAAGCU